CGGAAAUUAACGAACAAUCAUAUAGUCCCAUAUGAUUGAAUUUUGACAGACAUGAGGGGUAUACCGAAAGAAUGCCGCUUUUCGUACGCUAUGCGUAAAAAUAACUCCAAACGAGGAUGUUUUGAAGUAUAGAUUAUCGUGUGUUAAACAUCUAAAGCGUGAGAGAGGAUGCAAACCACUAACUGAAGCCAGAGUCCCUUUUAUUUCGCCCAGUUCGUUAACUGGUUUGCAAUAAACGUCCUUGUCUUCAGCUUGUUUCUUGCAAGUUCACGGACAAUGUCGUACAGGAGUAAACAUAAAAAGAAGAAUGUUAGUUUGAUUUUAAUUGAAGUAGAACUGAAAUUUGUAAUAUAAAUCUUUAGAUAUUUACACCUGUUUAUUCGCUUAUUUGCUCACGUGCGAUUUCAAAGUACCUUUCACUUUCAAUUUGUGUUUUUAGCAAGUUUCAAUUGGCAACCCUCUUUCUCCCUCUACCGGAGAAUUAAAAUAAUACACAUAUAAAGGGGAAUAACUUCAUAUUUUGUAAGAUAUACGUGAUUAGGACGAUGUCAGUUUAAUUGUUGUUAAUUGUGCACCGACUAAUUGCAUAUGAGGAACGAAUAUCAGAUGACAUUGGCAUCACAGUAUUGUUUCCAUGAAUAUUUAUCACCUUCUAAAACUGAAAGAAAAUAUUGUUCAGAAUAGAUUUUUAAUAAUCCUAGAGAAUUACAGUGAAAUAUUUCUUCUGAAGUGAGAUUGAUAGCAACAUUUCUCUUCUUAAAUGUUUGGAAUGUCUACAGAGUGAUUUUAUACAGAAAUCAAACUUCGGUAAUUUUGAAAAGAAUCUUACAGCAUCUUCAGAUAUUAACAAAGAUUGCAGCCGAAGGAAAGAGAACAGUAAUAAAGGAAUAAACUGUGGAAUUGAACAGGAAAUGCUUUGGCAUAUAUUGUGCUGAUAAAAGCAAAAUGAGGAUUGUCUGAGAAAGCUGUAGAAUAUAUUUUUAUAAAGAGGUGAUGUCAAAAGAGAAACCACAAUCAAGAUAUCAGUGUGAUAUCUGUAAAACGUUUUUCACUUACAAACAUAGUUUAACUACUCACAAACGUAUACAUACAGGAGAGAAGCCAUUUCACUGUGAUAUCUGUGGUGAAUCAUUCCCUGUUCGAAGUGACAUAACUAAGCACAAACGUAUUCAUAUUAGAGAGAAGCUAUUUCACUGUGAUAUCUGUGGUAAAUUAUCCUCUUGUGGAAGUGCCUUAAUAUCUCACAAACGUAUUCAUACGGGGGAGAAGCCAUUUCACUGUGAUAUAUGUGGGAAAUCAUUCUCUCAAAGUAGCGUUUUGACUUAUCACAAACGUAUUCAUACAGGAGAGAAGCCGUUUGAUUGUGAUAUCUGUGGUAAAUCAUUCUCUGUUGGAAGUGCUUUAAUAUCUCACAAGCGUAUUCAUACUGGAGAGAAACCGUUUCACUGUGAUAUCUGUGGUAAAUUAUUCUCUGUUGGAAGUGGCUUAACAUCUCACAAGCGUAUUCAUACUGGAGAGAAGCCAUUUCAGUGUAAUAUCUGUGGUAAAUCAUUCUCUCAGAGUAGCACUUUAACCAAACAUGAACGUAUUCAUACAGGGGAGAAACCAUAUCACUGUGAUGUCUGUGGUAAAUCAUUCUCUGAAAAUGGCAAAUUAACCAUGCACAUACGUAUUCACACAGGAGAGAAGCCAUUUCACUGUGAUAUUUGUGGUAAAUCAUUUUCUGCAGGUAGCAUAUUAAUUAAACAUCAACGUAUUCAUACAGGAGAGAAGCCUUUUCACUGUGAUAUCUGUGGUAAAUCAUUCUCUCAAAGUGGCACUUUAACCAAACAUGAACGUAUUCAUACAGGGGAGAAGCCAUAUCAGUGUGAUAUCUGUGGGAAAUCAUUCUCCGAGAAAGGUAAAUUAAGUCUGCACGUACGUAUUCACACAGGGGAGAAGCCAUUUCACUGUGAUACCUGUGGUAAAUCAUUCCCUGCAAAAGGUAAAUUAACUAUGCACAAACGUAUUCACACAGGGAAGAAGCCAUAUCAUUCUGCUGUUUAGGGUAAAUCAUUCUCUCAAAACUGUCACUUGAAUAGACAUAUAUCUAUGCAUAUAAAAAAUGUGACUAUAUCUUUGUCAAAGUUCAUUGCAUCUGAAAACAACCAAUAUUUUCAUGUCUUUUAUUCUGAUAAAUCAGGAAAUCCAUCAACUCUUCUCUAUAAUCAUUGUUCUUUCUUUGAGAUACAUGUUAUUGCCACAUUCUGUAUGCGUAGGUAUAUAUAAUGAACAUAAAACAAGUGUGUAUAUAUAUCAUCAUCAUCAUUUAACGUCCAUUGUCCCUGCUGGUAUGGGCUGGAUGGUUUGACCACAAUCUAAUUUUGCAUGGUUUCUACAGCUGGAUGGCCUUCCUAACACCAACCACUUUCCAGAGUGCUGGGUGCUUUCAUGUGACACCACAUGGGCACCUUUACAUAGGACUGUACGGGAACUUUUACAUGACGCCACAUGGGUGCUUUUCUGUGGCACUUUCAUGAGAGCUUUUCACCACCAGAAGGAUCAGUCUUAAAACUUCUGCAGUAGAGUAUGUACUUUCUUGAUUACGGCAGGGUGCUAGGUAUGUCUGUCCUUUGUCAUCUCGCCUCAAAUAUAUGCAUACAUGAAUGUGUGCAUGUGUGUUUCUGUCAUCAUUACCAACACCAACAAUAACAGGAACAAUAUCUGAAAUGGCACUCUUGGUUACAAUGACAAGGGUCCUAAUUGAUCCAGUUAAUGGAACAGCCUGCUCAUGAAACUAAUGUGCAAGUGGCUGAGCACUGAAGAACUGCACAGACACAGACACACGUAUCUUUAAUGCAGUUUUCAGGGAGAGUCAGCAGGACACAGAAUGUGACAAUGCUGGCCAUUUGAAUUACAGGUACGACUUAUUAGCCGAGUGAAUUAGAGCAGUGUGAAAUAAAGUGUUUGCCCCAAGGAUACAGUGCACUGUUGGGAAUCGAACUCACAUACUCAGACACAUGGGCUGAAUGGCCUAACCACUAAGACACGCACCUUCGCCAUAGUUGGAAAUAGAUAAGCAAAUACAUUUCAAAUAAAAGCCUAUAAUAAGGUGUCCUGGUGUAUUUUGGAAGUUGAAUGAAAUGCCUUCGAUCUUAGGUCUAUGGGGAUUGACUUGGGAUAGCCAAAAUGAUAUAACCACCACACCCCCAGCAGUACCUGCCCACCAUCACAUCUAAACCAAUGCAACCCACAUCAUCACCACUAUUGACCCAACAACUCUUGAAUACAACUACAUAUCAGCAUGUAUGCCAACACGUGUGUGUUUUUGUAUGUGUAUUUAUGUCUUUAACUCAGAAUUACUACAUAUUUGUUUUGGAUAAUUAAUCAUAACUGCUAUUGGAUUUUCCUUCAGUUUCCCUUGCCUGUAAAGAAGCUAUCAAGUAGGCCUAAAGGCAGUAAGGCGAAAGGAAGAAUAUAGGGAAUGUGAUGUGUGUAGAACCUAAGGCGGUGAACUGGCUGAAUUGCUACGGCACUGAGCAAAAUGCUUAGUAGCAUUUCAUCUGUCUUUAUCUUCUGAGUUCAAAUUCUGCUGUGGUCAACUUUAUCUUUCACCCAUUUGAGGUCCAUAAAAUAAGUACCAGUCAAGCACUGGGAGUUGAUGUAAUCCAAAAUCUGAAGCCAGUACGAAAAGAACUUUGAAGGCGUUUUAUAAGAGAGAGAGGGAUGGAGAGAGAGGGACGGAGAGAGAGAGAGAGUAGAUAGUGUGUGAGUAGUAUGUUUGAGUAGUACAGAGUGCGUUCUGUCUCAACAUAUAUUUCUGCGAUAAGUUAUUUUAGAUAACCACAACCAACUAUUUAUUUGUAUAAUAGCAUUUUUCACCAGACGUGUACAUGCAUGUUAUAACAGUUCUGCACCAUACAAAUUUUAGAUGGAAGCUAUGGACUUCUUUUAUAUAUGAGAGAAAAUUAAGGAUCUGAUGAGGAGCUGCUAUAACAAUUUCAAAAUGUGGUUCAUGAGAGAAAAUUUCACAACAGACUGGUAUCAUCUUGAGACUGGAAUUGUUGUAGUUAUUACAGCUCAAGAGAAAUCACCUAAGAAGAUAUUCAUGGAUGACAUAACAAUACUAACAAAGAGACUAAAAGGAUGUGCAAAUAGUUCUGGAUAGUAAAUUCGAUGGACGAAGUACUUGGUCAAGAAUGUGGUUUAAAGCAAAUAAGUAAUGCAGUCUAUCAUUUGUGAAAGGUCAGUGGAAACAAGUGAAGUUAAAAAUAGCAGGAGAACCCAUGCUAAAAGUUAAAGACGAUGGUACACUAUCUUGUUAACUGAUAAGCAUUGAUGAGAACUUUCAAAGUGCAUAUAUGAGAAAAACUUUCAAACAACAUAUGAAAGCAAUUGACAGGGAGGAGAAACCUACAAUUAGAGAUUUCUGGAGGAAAUUCAACAUAAUGAAUACUGUGUGUAAUAUAGCUGAAUGAUAAGAUGAAGUGAAACCUUCAACUUUGAAUAGUACUUGGGAAAGUAUAUGGCCAGAUUGUAUCUGUGACUUUACAAGUUUUCCUCAAGCAGAAAGUCUACAUGAAAUUCGGAAGGAUAUUGUGACACUUGCAAAGGAUGUAGGAUUUGAAAAAGUCAGAGAAUGAUGUGAUUGAGUUGCUAGUGUCUCAGAGAGAAAGUUUUUCUACUAAGGAAAAGAACAAUCUGAAAAUACAUAUGAGACAACAGAAGUCUUACCAAUAAACUUAAAUUCAGUAAAAAUAUUAUUGCUAAACAGUUGGCAUGUACAAAGGCAGAUCUGCAAGUUUUUGCUAAUAAUCGACGGACAUUUGACAUAAAUCAUAUGAUCAUGGUUCUUUGAGUAAUUGUUUUAUAGCCAUGUUCUCUCUUUGUAGCCUGUUAUAACAUACAAGGAUAUGGUACAUUAUAUUAAAACUGGAUAUAAAUACUGUCAAAAUUGCUUCUAAAGAUUAUUGUCUUAUUUAACCAUUAAUAAAGAUUAUCUUAUAUAACUAUAAAUGUAUUCACACACAACCUACGAUGUAACAAUAUAUAAGAGCAACUAUUCGACUCUAUAUUUUAUAUAUAUCCUACCAUAACUUUAUUUAUAUUUUAAUAAAAUCACACUUUCAAAAUGUUCAUCACUUGGCUGUGUGAUAAAGAAGUUUGCUUUCAAACCACAUGGGUUUGGGUUCAUUCCCACUGCAUAACAUCUUGGAUAAGUGUCUUAUAUACCCUGAACUGACCAAAGCCUUGCUAGUGUAUUUGGUAGAUGGCAACUUGAGAAAAACCUGUGUGUGUGUAUAUAUGUAUGUAUGUAUUGGGUCAUCCCAUAAAUAAUGCGUUUUUUUUUAAUAUUUAUUUUUCAAAAUUAAGAUAAAGUUCUUUUUAAUCUAAAACAUACUCUCCUUCAUUUUCUUCAAUGCUCUGCCAUCUAGCUGGUAUAUUUGCAAUGCCCCUCUUCUAAAAUCCACUUGUGUGUGACGAAAAAUACUCUUCUAGUACUGUUCUGACCUCAUCUACAGAAUUCAUAUUUUUCCUGUCCAAGUGAUUUUGAAGUCUGCAAAAUAAAUGAUAAUCAGAUUGGGCAAACUGCUCCAGCUGUCGGAAUGUUAUCGCUGCAUGUGGCAAGCAUUAUCCUGAUGGUAGACCAUCUUUCGUCUUGAAACCAAAGAUGGUCAUUUUCUGAUGUUAUGCAGGUGUUGAUGAAGUGUUGAAUGACCAAAUCCAAGCUUCUCUGCUGUCUUCUCAAUAGUUACAAUGGGAUUUUGUUCCACCAGGGUUUGCAGGACCUCCUCAUCGAGCUCUACAGAUCUUCCAGGAUGAGGCUCGUCUUCUAGGCUGUAGUAUCCGGCUCGGAAUUUCUGGAACCACCGUUGACACUGGCUUAUGCUUAUUUUCCAAUCCCCAUAUGCUGCAUUAGUAUUCCUUGCAUUUUCCGUUGUGUUGUUGCCUUUAUUGAACUCAUAAAUCAAAAUAUGCUGAAUAUGCUCCUUUGUCACUUCCACAAUAGCUUUGAAAAAAUAACUGUUAAAAUCAAAGUGGACUCUUCCAAACUUGCACUGAGAAUGAAAACAAGGUAAAAUUACAUCCUGUUCCCUUCCAACUUCCCCUCUGACUUUUAGUUCAUACAAUUGAAAAAACCGUGUUAUUUAUGGGAUGACCCAAUAAUUUAUGUUGUAUUGUUUCAGCAAGUAAUGUUUUGAUGAGGUAAGAGAGUGAAGAUAAUCUUAAAAUAAAAACUACUGUAGUAGUGCAGGUUACUUCUAUUGUACUGCACUUAACUGUGCAGGCUAAGCCUCGCCAAUGUUUGAACGAAUUUGUAAUGGCCAUGCCAGCCUGGAAGCAAUAAAUUAUGUUGAAAUUUGUCUUAAGAUAGAUGAGGCUUAGCCCAUACAGUCAAGUACUCUAUGCUACAUGUGUCCUACAACACUAUGAUGGUUUUUAUUUUGACAUUAUAUACAUAUAUUCAUGCAUGUGUCUGUGUUAUAUACAUGUAUGUCUGUAUCUUCUUGUCUUGAUAUCACAUGAUUGUUGCAUAUGAAUGUCAUUAGGAUUGCAAAUUAUAUGAGUAAAUAUGGUAUUGUGUGGGGUGGGGGCAUGGAUUGUGUUUAAGCAUUGAUUAAUCCUGGAUGAACAAACUUGCAAUAUAAAACGGGUUGAUUACAGGGACUUUUAUGACCUUUCAAAUGGAAAUAAAGAUUGUAUUGAACCAAGGAAAGAUGUUUAAAUAACAAAGAAAAUUUACAAAAUACCUUGUACAUGUGGCUUCUAACUACAGUUUGGUACCCCCACCACUGAUUUUCAUUUUAUUUCACAAUGACAUCUCCUAGCAUACACUAAACAGGUUUCCUUGUUUUACUUAGAAAUCCAUCCACAUUCUCUGGCCAGUACUUGUGGAAGGGUUGAUGUGGGUAGGGACCUGAGAUACCUCAUUACAAGGGUACAAUCAGAGACAAUGAUCAUUUCAGUCUCCAGUUGGAAUCUGAAGUAUAAGCAACUGAAAUAAUGACUAUUAUCCAAUCAUCUAUUUCUUGGUCUAUCCCUAGGACUGCCUUUUAGUUAGGCUUGAAGAAUCUGCCUUGUGAGUCUUUUAUGCAACUUUCUAACCACAAGUCUAAAAUACAGGAGUUGUAAUCUCUCAAUGUAGAAAGAGUCCUUGAUCUCCACAGUAGAGAUCUUUUGGUGGAACCACAUUUGGCCACUUGUAUUCUUGAUCAUACUCUUUCAAACAUCACCUAACCUUUCUUCUGCGAAUUGAAUGCUUGAUGUGGCUCAUUACUGUACCAGCACCUAUAAUUCUUUGAGUAGGAAAAUAAGGGAAAAGAAAAUACAUGUAUCAUAAAUGCUUUGACAGAGUUUUUUCUAGAUCUAAAAUAUUAAGGAAUGAAAAUAAAUGGAAUGUAGGAGUACUAUUUCCCUUUGGCAGAACAGUUAUCCAUCUAUGCAUGAUUUAGUUAGUGUAGCCAACUACUUUAACUUGUGCAUAAACACAUGCUGCUGCCUAUCACCAGACAUGGGGAAGUUUUUUAGUCAGUUCUAGUCAGGCUUCCACUGAAGCAAGAUGUAUCAUCAUGUCGCUGUCUGAACCCAACACCAUGUGGAAAAUAUCUAAUAGAGAAACAUUCAGCACCUCACCUUGCACACCCAAUCUCCAAUGCACAGCUUUCACUGGGGGAGAUUGCAAGAAAUACUGCAAUCGGUGUUGUUUUACAGUGCUUUCAGUUUUCAGUUUUUUUUUCACUUUUAAUUAGUUCUUCCAGAACAUUAUGGAAUACAGCUUUUGUUAUGCUAAACAUAAAAAUAACCGCAAACAAGGAUGUUUUGAAGUGUUGAAUAUUUUGUGUUAAAUAAUUUGCAACGUAUGAGAGGAUACAAACCACAAUUAAAGCUAGUCUCUUUUCUGUCGACCACUUCAUUAUCUACUUUGCAAGUCCUCGUCUACAGUUUGUCUCUUGCAAGUUCACCGAAAAGAAGAAUGUUAAUUAGAUUUUAUUGUUGUAUUUCGGGACGGCCUUUUUUUUUUUUGCCAAAUAAACACAUGCACUAUAUAUUUUUUCACUUGUUUAUUACUCUCGUUCUCUCUUUUACUUGUUUCAGUCAUUUGACUGCGGCCAUGCUGGAGCACCGCCUUUAGUCGAACAAAUCGACCCCAGGACUUAUUCUUUGUAAGAACCGCUAAAUUACGGGGACGUAAACGCACCAGCAUCUGUUGUCAAGCGAUGUUGGGGGGGACAAACACAAACAUAUGCACACACACACAUAUAUAUAUACAUAUAUACGACAGGCUUCUUUCAGUUUCCAUCUACCAAAUCCACUCACAAAGCUUUGGUCGGCCCUGGGCUAUAGUAGAAGACACUUACCCAAGGUGCCACGCAGUGGGGACUGAACCCAGAACCAUGUGGUCGGUAAGCAAGCUACUUACCACACAGCCACUCCUGCGCCUACUGUUCUUAUUUUUAAAAACUUUAACCUAUGUCCAUUGUCUGGAAAUCUUUCGUCACACAUCUGUGACCUCUUCAGCAACACUUUCGUUUUCGUGUGUGUUCUGCUCAAGUGGAGCAAAAACUAACAUGAAAAUGAAAAGUGUCGCUGAAGUGGUCGCAGAUAUGUUACGAAAGAUUUCAGGACCAGGGACAUGAGUUAAAAUAAUAGAAUAAGAACAGUAAUAAACGAGUGAAGAAAAAAUAUAUAGUGCGUGUGUUUAUUUGGCAAAAAAAAUUACCGUCCCGAAAUACAAUACCGGUUUCUACACACGAUUUCACAUCAGGAAUCUUGCAACACAAAUUCAUAACCGUAAAUUUGAUUUUAAUUAAACCGAAAUUUUUUUUAAUAAAUUUUUUUGAUAUUUA